UUUUUUUCUCUUCUUCAUCUGUUUUUAGUUUUUGUUGAUUGAGUUUCUUGCUUAAUACUUCGAUUGAGUGACGAUCUCGGUCACGUUUAAUUAAAGCAAUGGCGACAGAAAAUUAUGAAAAGAUGGAUCCAGAGUCCAAAUAUCUUAUGGAAAUGCGUGAAAAUUCAAAGAGAACUCAUGAAUCUGAAGAAGAAGAACCAGAAGAUGAAUUUCUAUGGGAUAAUCAAAAAGAGAAUGUCAGACCUUUGAAAAAAGGUCGUAAUGUAAAGCUAUUGAAUGAAUCACUUAAAUCUCACUACCAUCUUCCUCUCAAGCAAUCUUUACUUCUUACUCGAAGGAAGUUUAUUGAAGCCAUUGAUGAGUAUGUUGGUGAUGACCCUCUUCAACCCUGGCUUCGGUGCAUAAAGUGGGUGGAGCAAGCUUUUCCUGCUGGUGGAGAUUCCUCAGGCUUGCUUGUAAUCUAUGAGGAGUGCGUUCGUACAUUUUGGCAUGACGAUCGCUAUCGUGACGAUCAUCGAUAUCUUAGAAUCUGGCUUCAAUAUGCUGAAAAUUGUGCGGAUGCUGAAGUAAUAUACAGGUUUCUGGAUGCCAACAAGAUUGGUCAAUCUCAUUCUGCAUAUUAUGUUUCUUAUGCUUUGCAUAUGGAAUCCAAACGCAAGAUCAAAGCUGCCAAUCAAAUUUUCAAUCAAGCCCUUUCAAUAAAUGCUCGACCACAUGAUAAGCUGGAAGCAGCUUACAGGAAAUUUCUGGCUCGUACAAUGGCAAGAACUAAAACCACUACUGAUGAAGAUGAAAUGGAGAAUAUUUUAUCAGUUCGAGGAUUCGGCACUGUGCUGUCUGAAGGAGAAAACAGAAGAAACCAAAUGAGAGUUUCAGAAAUUUCCAGGAAAAGUAACAAGGGAAAUAGGGAUGAACGUAUACCUUUAUCUGUGUACAAGGAUAAAAAUAUGGAGAACAACUCUGAUUAUGGAUUAGAUUUAUCAAAAGGUGAAUCGAAAUCUUGGGAUACCCUUGCCACUCACAAAGAUAGGAACAAAGAGAACAAAGCCAUCCCUGCAAAGUGGACAUCAUAUAAGGUUAUGCAAAGACCUGGCAGUAGACUUGGAAGAGUUACCACUCCUGCAAUUGAAGUCUUUGUUGAUGAAGAAUGUGAACAUGGCAGAUUGCAACAAACUGCUGAUCCUCAAAACGAUUCAAAUUUGCUAUUAAAGGAAAGGGAUGAGGAUAAUAUCAAUAGGGAAACUGAAAUGCUCAAGGUAAAUCCACUGCGCAACUUCCCUGCUAGCAGCUUACCGCGAUGAAAUAAUUUUAUCAUGUACUCGUACAUCAUGUAAUCUUCUCUGGUGUUUAAUAUUUCUUUUUGCAUAACAUUGAUAUUAUGCGAUUGUUCAAAAGGGUUUAUAUUUUGUCUGUCUUACCAAGAAACUUAUGAAUUUGGAAAUGUUUGAUUUUAAAACCUCAGAUUGUAGUUGUCAUCAAUGGAAACCUUCCCCUGGAUCUGCAAUGUACAACUAAGAUGAGAUCUCCGCAAAUUUAAAGGAAAUGCAUUAUUUCUAUGUUUUGAAAUCCAUUGUGUGAUGGAAAUCGCUUUGCAAUUUUAAAUGUAGGCCAAUGUUGAG